AUAAAUAUGUUACGGUUUCUUUAGAUAUGUCUAACCUACAGAAUUUAUUAAGUAAAAUAAGGGAGCUGCCUCCCAUCAAACAACGUGGUGUUGCUGCGAUUAUCGGUGCAACUGUUGCAGAUGCUGCUUCGCGACCGCUUCACUGGAUAUACAACCAGGAAACGUUAAAGAGUAUCCUUGGAAAUGAAACCAAAGUUGAGUUUUGGUUUGAAAACAGGUCGCCGUUUUAUUCCAUUCCACUUGGAGAGAGAAGCUCGUAUAAUGAGGAAGCGUAUGUGAGUUUGUACUCUUUGUACGAAAAGAACGGAAUGUUGAGCAAAGAAGAUAUUUGCACCAAGAUUGUGCAACAUUUUGGACCAAACACGAGAUAUGAGGAUGCAUACAUGCGCAGAAAAGUCAAGUAUGAUCCAGCCACCAAAGCUGAAUACGUACCACCUAUUGAAGGACCUUGGAUACAUGGAGCUGUCAUUAAUUUUUUAGAGAAGUACGCUGAAAAGGCUGUCGAGCCGUAUGGCUCGUCUGAUAAUAAAGAUCUCGAUAGCUUUUGUUUAGCCUUGCCUAUUAUUGCGCGAAAUGCGGAAGAGAAGAACUUGUGGGAUAUCGUAUCGCCUGUAACAAGUUUAUUCAGUUCCAAUGAAAAAGCCACCAGCAUAUUUCAUAUGUGUACCACCAUGUUGAGCAGUUUCAUUCUCAACUGUGACAAACCCAUAGAAAAAAUUAAAACAGAAUUUAAAGAAGUCUAUCCCGAGUUGGUCGAGUUAUUGAACGAAGUAGACCAACAGUUAGAUUCGCCUUUUGAAGUUGUUGUUGCUAAGUAUGGGAAAGCGUGUGGGUUGCCAGGGUCGUUUGUGGGAGCGUAUGUUUGUUUACAGAUGACGUCAUCGUUUGUUGAUGCUGUCCGGUUAAAUAUCACUGGUGGGGGUUGCAACUGCUCAAGGGCGAAUCUGAUUGGCGCAUGUUUUGGGGCUAAAUAUGGUAUUGAUAGUAUACCGAUUGAUUGGUUGGAAAAAGUAGUUGGUAUUGAGAAAAUAAUGGACAUGGCUAUAGGUAUUUUUUCUUAAUUUUAAAGAAACCCGACAUAUAGCAAGUAUUGUUUCACGAAUUCUGUAACAAUGAGGUAUGGAUUGAAAAAAUUGUUACUAUCUGCU